AUGACACCGCCUCCACAGCGCCGCCGCCAUGACGCGGUCGCCUCAGCGCCGCCAUGUCGCGACAGCCUCAGCGCCCCUCAGAGGCGGAGCGCGGCCUGCGGCCCGGCUCUUAUGGCGGGGGACGGAGCUCCGGGCGAGGACGUGGUUCGCUACCGCCUCUUCGCGGUGGGAUCUGGAGGCGAGGAGCUGCUGCGGGGCUGCGCCCGGGACAUCGCGGAGCGCCUGGCGCCGCUGCUGGCCGCCUACAUCUGGCAGCGGCAGCCGUUCCGCCUGCGCUAUGUGCCGCCGCGGGGCGACACGCCGGAGCACCUGGGCGGCAGCACGCUGUUCGGGGAUAACGUGGAGGACGAGUGGUUCGUCGUGUACCUGCUGCGGGAGAUCACCAGGGCGUUCCCGCUGCUGGCGGCCAGGGUCGACGACAACGACGGGGAGUUCCUGCUGAUAGAGGCGGCCGAGUUCCUCCCCAAGUGGCUCAGUCCUGAGAACAGCGACAACAGGGUGUUUUUUUAUAAAGGAGAACUGCACAUCAUUCCGCUGUCAGAGACUCAAAAGCAGGAGGACUGUGAGCCAUCUGCUGCCAGCCCAACAAUCUCGCAGGCAUUAAGGCUGUUGUCCACCCGGUCGGAGGAGUUCCUGGCUGCAGAACCCAUUCGAGCAGCGGUGUAUAAACGCAUCAGUGGGUAUCCAGAGAAAAUUCAGGCCUCGUUCCACCGAGCCCACUGCUACCUUCCGGCAGGCAUCGUGGCAGUGCUGAAGCAGCGCCCUUCGCUGGUGGCUGCAGCAGUCCAGGCCUUUUACCUGCGGGAUCCCGUAGAUUUACGAGCAUGUCGCACUUUUCAAACUUUCCCUCCAGAGCAGCGUGUGAUGACCACAGUUACAUUCACCAAGUGUUUAUAUGCGCAACUUGUGCAGCAGAAGUUUGUCCCAGACAGACGCAGUGGAUACACCCUGCCCCUCCCAUCUCACCCUCAGUACAAAGCCUAUGAGCUGGGCAUGAAACUGGCUCAUGGCUUUGAAAUUCUGUGCUCCAAGUCCAGUAAAGCAUCUCCUGAUUCCAAGAGAAAUGAGUGUAGCGGUCCUGUUUGGGAGAGAUUCCUCAACGGCCUGAAGGAGAAGGAUUAUUUCAAGGGAGAAAUGGAAGGCUCUGCAAAGUACAUGGAGCUGUUGCGUAUGGCAGAAGAUUACUUCCAGCAAUCUGUUACUAAGGCAGAAAGCUGCGUUGAAGUGAGCCCAGGUGAUGAAACCUUGUCAUUGCUACAGACAACAACCUUUGAUGUGAAGGAAUUUGAGAGAGAAGCAGCUUGCCUUCCUUUGGAGGAUGAUGACAGUUGGCUGGAGAUUUCUCCAGAUGAUCUAGAUAAGAUGCUGAAGGAGGCAACAAAUGAGUUCCAUCCUUCCUCAGAUGAUGAUGAAGAAGAGCAGAAAUAUGACUUGGAAACAGUUGCUGAAAGUAUGAAGGCUUUUGUGUCCAAGGUGUCAACGCACGAAGGAGCAGAAAUGCCAUGGUCAUCUGAUGAGGCCCACGUUACCUUUGAUGUAGAUUCUUUUACAAAGGCGUUAGACAGAAUUUUAGGGGCGGACUCGGAAGAGCUGGAUUCUGAUGACCUGGAUGAAGAGGAGGACUUUAACUUCUCAGAUGAGGAUGAUGAAGACUUAGAUGCUGAAAAUCAAAGGCAAGAGCAGAAGGUAUUGCCUAAUGAGCUUAUAGGCAGUCUCAAGUCAUAUAUGGAUGAGAUGGACCGUGAACUGGCACACACCAAUGUUGGGAGAAGUUUCACCACCCAAAAGAAAGGGGCAAGCUCUGCUAAAGCAACUACAUCUCAAGAUGCUGGCCCCGAUUCGGAAGCUGAAGAUGCUGAGUUGACACCAGUUGAUGUGGAUAUGAACCUAGUAGCUAACCUGCUUGAAUCCUAUAGUGCUCAAGCUGGACUGGCAGGACCCACCUCCAACAUCUUACAGAGCAUGGGGGUAUAUUUACCUGAGAAUGCAGAUCAGAUCAGUUUUAAUAAGGGAGCAACAGAAUAAGAGACUGUCUUCAUUCAGAAGACAUGGCUGAUUGGGGAAGGAAGCACAGAAAGAGUAGCAGUAUUUGGAAGAAGAGACAAAAGGUUUGAAUUGAAAGCAUUUUAUGCGUUAGUUAUGUGUGGCUUUAAAGAUGCAAAGUGAAUUUACCUGGAAAAGCUGUCUAUUUGAAUACUGCCAUGGGCAGGAUUAGGAUUUUUCCAGUGCUGAUAAGUUUUCAGAAAACUGCAAGAUGAUGUGACUUGAAUGAAACUCUUACUACAAAAGCCAUCUUUAAAGUUGACAUUCCAAUUUGCUGUACUUCUAAAAUGUCCUUUGCCCAGUAUGAGGUGGUUUCAGUAUCUGGAAAGCAGUUCAUGUUCUGGAAGUGCUGUUGCGUAUAGAGGGAGACAGAGAAAUACCAUGGGAUAGAAACAGUGUUCUCUUACAGAUUUGGGGACACUGAUUAAAUAAAUGUUCAGCAGACACUGAACAUUGUGGCUUUUCCAAAAGUACAAAUGCUUCAAUGUAAGAACUUCUGAUAAUUGCUGUAAGAAUGUUUUUUUUAUUAAUUAGGAGUAUUUGAAGGGUAAUUGAAUAUGUAAAUACUUCUAUAAGUAUUUUUUGAAUUUAUUUAAAUAAAAACAGAAGUGCAACUUGGA